UUGUCAAAUAUUAAGUGUUUGAUAUUUAAGGUUCAAGGGUGAAAAUAUGGACAGGAGAAGUUGUUUUUGUAAAUGCAACAGAAGGAUAGGGGCAGGGCAGUAAUAGAAAAAUCCGAACCGACUCAUUUAAGGCGGGUAAUAAAACGGUAACAAAUGUAGUUUGCCAAAACAGGGAAAAAUCCAAAAAUAUUCAAAAACCCUAGACUGUCCUCAACUAGUAUUUAUAACACCCAUGAUCCCGCCCUUGGGACCACUACACCGGAUCAGCCUCUGCCUUCUCUCUGCAUUGUGUACUUUUGUCCCUUAAGAAUUUAGAAAAAUAAACCAUGAUUCUCUCAGCCACCACCACCUUCUUUAUAUACUCCUAAAUUAAGACGCACACACACAGAGAGAGAUGAAGGGGAGAUCGUCAUCUAAGCAAGAAACCAAACAAGGAAUGCAAAUAGAUAAACAUAACAGGCUCAAAGAAGAACCUCAUCUCUCUGGUGCUUACAUACGUAGCCUAGUGAAACAAUUAACCUCUUCACGAACCAAAGAUCCCAUGAAUCCCAAAGACCGUGGAUGUGUCGAUGACGAUGGCUUUUCCGGCCAAAAUAUGACCAAAUUUGGUGAAGGUUUGAGUGAAAAGCAACAAUCCCAGCAGCCACAGCAGCCUCUGCAGCACAAAAAACAAGUUAGGAGGAGACUCCAUACAAGCAGGCCUUAUCAAGAAAGGCUUCUUAAUAUGGCUGAGGCUAGAAGAGAGAUUGUUGCUGCCCUAAAGUUCCACAGAGCUUCUAUGAAAAAAGCCAACGAACAACAGCAGCAGCAAAAUCAACAAGAAAAUCACCAGCAAUCAUCUCUUCCAGGGCAGAUUUUAACUGCACCAUGUUUUGAACAAGAAGGAAAGAUAAAAUCCAGGAGGAAUCCCAGAAUAUACCCAUCAAACAUGGGGAAUUUCUCCAAUUAUCUCGACAGUUUUUCCUGUAGUUCUUUCUCUCAUGCACCACCGCCACCUCCUCCGCAUCCUUUUUCCUGGUCUACUCCUCCAAAUCUUUCUUUAUCUGUCACUGAUGAAAAUCUCAAUUUCCCUCUUCCAAAUCAAACCCUAGGCCUAAAUCUCAACUUUCAAGAUUUUAACGACUUAGACACCACUCUUUACCACAGCAGCAACAACCCAUCAUCUGUCUACUCAUCUUCAUCUCCAUCAUCAUUCUCUUCACCUUCCCCUUCUCUUUCCAUUGCCACUGAGGAAAUUCCUUCAAAACCACAAGAGGGGAUGCCUCUCGCAGUGUCUGAACUAAACGAAAGUUCUUACGGCGGAGGAAGCUUGCACCAGGUGAUGGAUGAUGAGGAGAUGGCGGAGAUCAGAUCAAUAGGAGAACUGCAUCAGAUGGAAUGGAACGAUACCAUGAAUUUGGUUACAUCAGCCUGGUGGUUCAAGUUCUUGAAGACAAUGGAUUCUGAUCCAGAAGUGAAGACAGAGGAUGAUUGUUACCAUCCAUUUGAUCAGAUCAUGGAGUUUCCUGCCUGGUUGAAUGCAAAUGAUGGAUGUUUGCAGCAACAUUUUGAUGAUUACUGCUCCCAAGACUAUUACCAUGAUCAGGCCUUGCCUUGUAUGGACAUUGGAGAAAUUGAAGGCAUGGAUGGGGAAUGGCUAGCUUGACAAGGAUUGAUUGUUUUUUGUUAAUCAAAUCUUUGGCUCUUUUUUUUUUGUCAUCUUUUAUCUCCAUUAAUCUUUUUUUUUUUCCAGUAGUGUUUAGAAGCUUUUUGAUGAAAUAAUAUUGGCCUGGAAGGAUUUUAAUGUUGGAAGGCAGGCCAAUCAAGGAAAAAUAAUGUACCUUUAAGGAGUAUGCUUAUCUCCUUA